CCAACCGACCGCCGAAAUCCCCUCUCGCUCCGCUCCAUAUCGCCGGGUCGUCGCCGCCCACACCAGCCGUCUUCCAUCCACCAUGGCACGGACACAGAGCGAAGGCCCUCGCCUCGUUCAAUUCACAAUCUUCAGCCCGGCUCUCGGCCCGACCGAGGAGACCGUCGACCGCCAGAUCUGUUUCUCGUAUCCGACCCUGGAUGCCAGCGACAGCGUCCUCCGCGAAGUUGGUCUCGCCCAGGCCAUUAUCAACUUUACAGCGAACUUUGGCUCGUCUCGUCCUGGGGAGAUCAUCAAGACUCGUCGGCACGUCUCGGUGGUCACUGAGCCCGAGGACGGGUGGUGGAUGCUGAUGAAAAUCGCCAGGGGAUUCACGACCGAGACUCGCAAGGACGGUACCACAUCGACAAAGUACGCUAGCAACCUCCCAGACGAAGCUCUCAAAUCCCUUGUUGGGCGGGCUUACCGGUCGUUCCAGAUCCUCCAUCGAGGCUUCCGCCAUUUCAUCGAGUCUCGGUCGCUCUCGGCCUUCAAAGAAACCCUCGAGGAUUUCUACACUCGCUAUCUCGACCGGAUCAACGUCUCUGGUUUGGAUCUGCUCACGACCUUCAAUGGCAUCAGCCUCAUCGAUCCGCAGCGAGAAUCGUCCCUGGCCAUCCUCGCAUUCAUCCGGUCACUCCAGACGACCUUUCCGGAACUCAGACAACCGCUGCUGCUCUGGGAUCAUCACGUCGUCUAUAGCGGCUUCAAGGACUUGGGUUCGUUGCACCAAAUCUAUGACUACUUGACCGAUCCCGAAACAGGCAAGAUCAACGACAACAUCAUCAACCAAGUCAAGCAGAAAGGCGAGGCGGCCAUCGGAACCAGACCGGCUUCGCUCAAGUCCCCGGCCAUCUCCGAGACAAGCAGCGGCUCGGAUGGGCGGAUAUCCUUCUCCGCAAAGUGGCGAACAUCCACUCGAUUUUGUGGCUUCUUGGUCGGUCCAAUCUUUUCCGGAGACGCGCUCGAGAAUGACAGCAUCCCGAAGAGAGUAUAUCUUGGAGAUAAUGGCAUCGAGCACUACUUGAUUGUAUACCAGGUCGGCUCGGCCACCAUUGCCUUUGCCCUUCCCAAGGCCUCCAUCGGAAAUCCACAGACAGUGUUUACUCGCUCCUUCUGGGUCAACCUCAAGAUCUUUUUGGAUGACCGCCUUGCUGAAGUUGCCGAACAAGCGGCCCGUCGAGAGGCUGAGAGCGAAGCAAUCGAGCAGACCUACCAGCACUUUUACUACGACUCGACCACUCGGCGCUACAAGACCACCUUUGUGGGAACCCGUGGGGCAUCCGGGGCACCCGAGAUCAUCGACUGUCUCGACGAGAUCAACGAUGAGCUGACGAGACCAGAGCUUGGACUGAAAGAGAUCUAUCUGAAGACCAAGAACGACGCCUGGCUCGUUGGCCAAAAGUCAGGUGGCCGCACGCUGCUUGCCGUCGUUCCCAAGACGGACAUGAACCUCAACCAACUCGAGCAGGAAUCCAAGCGGCUGUCGGAUGCCCUGGCUCGACGGACCUACCGGCUGGUGUGAACGACCCGCUGGGCUCAUGGUUGCAGGAUGUUCGGCUCCGGCAUGGUUUGGCACCGAGAACGGUGCGCUUUGGGAUAUUGAAAUCAACAGACAGACACCCUUGCUCCGAAUCCUCAG